CCGAAUCGGAGAUGGCUACCGCAAGCACGGGGUGGCACUCUAGCUGCUGCCAGUGCCUCUCUAUAGCCAGGGAGGGACUCUCUAGCCGUGUCCUCCUUGAUUUUUACCCAAUACCCCAUCAGGGGAGGCACUCUAGCCGCGGCUCCGCGCUUCUCUAUGGUCCCCGUGGGGGAGCACACUAGCCGCUGCGGGGCACCGCCUUCGAGCUAGGCUCAGCAGGGGACACUCUAGCCAUGGCUUUAUCCGUUCCGGGACGGGGGGCGCUCUAGCCGGAGACUCUGUGGCCAGGGAGGCCGGUUUUGCGGAGGCGAUGGAGCUGGCGCUGGGGUUCGGCUUCGAAUUCGAGGAUUCGGUGUUCGCCCGGAGCAGGGACAGGGGCCGGGGCGGCGGCUGCGCGGCCUACACCGCCAAGCGCUGCGAGCCUCAGUGGUUUUGUGAGGACGCAAACAGCGAGGACGAUGUUGAAAUUCUAACUGCCAAAAAAUUCAGAGGUGAUUUGGCAUACAGACAACAAGAGUUUCAGAAAGCCCUGUAUGAGUACUCGAGCUGCUUGCUGCUGUUACCUUCUAGUAACGUUGCAAUGAGAAGAGAUGUCCAAGAGGGCCAGGCUCGGUGUUUAGCUCACCUAGGAAGGCACAAGGAGGCUCUGGAUAUUGCAGAAAAACUGAUUGGCUGCAUAUUUUCACUGAGACUUUCUACUUUCAGGCUUUUACUUCAGAUUACACAGUUGCAACAGUCAUCCUUUGCUCUGGAGAAGAAUUUAAAGGUUCAGCGGGAAACUGAAGACAAAGUAAAAGGUUUUGGUUUAAAGGAAGAAUCCUUGUUGUUGAUUACUGAGGUUAUGGGAGAGGAUCUCAUUCCAGAAAAACUGAAAGAGGAUGUUCAGGGAGAGAUAAAAUGUGUAGGCCCUUCAGCACUGACAUCCUUGGUAACUACAUCAGCUAUAGAAUUUGAAGGCAAAUGGUUCAAAAAGCUCCAAGACAGUUUGUCACUUUGACAGAUAAUUCUUCCCAGAUAUGUAUAUUCCAGCAUAAGUAAUUUACAGGCUAUUGUUGUAUUUAUUUUUUUAUCUUCUCUACCUCUAAUGAUGACGGAAUAACUUUUAUGGAAUAAAGUUCAUAUUACUUUAUUUUUAAA